CCCAAGCUGAGAACCUCUUGAAGUGCACUAAAAAGUCGUAGAAAAUGUAAUUUUAUGUGUUUGCAUGGAAAAAUACUUUUUGCUUAGACUGAUUCCAUUGGACAAGUCCAGUAACUCUUGGGCUUAAUCCUUACUGUUAAAGCAAAAAAUAAACUACAUGAUGGGCUUAAUUCUUUAUGUUAAAAAGGAAAAAAAAAAACAUAAUAUGGUAACCAGAAAUAAUUACAAUAAAAAAACAUAGCCCAAACGGCCCAUAUAAUUUUUAAAUACCCAAACGACCAUGGAAUCUUAUAAUCAAUCCCUUUUGCGACUAAUUUAUCACAUACUUUAUGGUCACUGAAGUUGGUAAUCCACUAGAUUAGGCUAAAGUCUAAACUAACGGGCAUGGCAAUUGGAAAUUGGAAUCAUCGAAAGUUAUAAAAGAUACGAUGAGGAAAGCAAAUGAUCAUCCAACUUUAACCAAAACAGGAGCACACGACCGACCAUUAAGAUUCACUAAAAAGAAUCAUGGCAUUAUCAGUGUACAAUACUAUAUACUUCAUGAAUAAAGGGAUACCAAAAUACAGUAAUGCUUAGUCAUAUAAAGGAUGUAAAGUAGCGUGAUGAGUCACAAGAACGUCAUUUCUAUCACCAAAAAGUUUGAAGAAAAUAACAUAAAGACAAAGGUGGAGCCGAGAGGCAAGAGCGUGAGGUCAGCAUACCCUAAAAGCUGAGACCAAUGUGGGCACCCUCCACUUUAAAACUGAAUCAUCUAUAUGGACCACAAGGUUGAAAAGAAUUGCAUUUCUAUUAUUUUAAUAUUCCGUACUUGUCACUCUCUCUAUUUCAUUAAGAACAUUAAAGCAUAUGAUUGUUGUAAAACACGGAAAAGUAGGAGCGACAGUGUCGUCUGGUUGUCCUGCGUCCGGCUGGACGCAUGGGGGGUUGUCUCUUCAUGUUUGGAGUCAAACAUUUUGACUCAACUUGUUUCACCACAACCAUCAAUAUUCAAUGCGUAAGAUAACAAUUUAAAGAAGAUUGAUUGUUACUACUUACCAGUAGUAUUUGUUAGAGCUUUCUAUGCUAUAAAUGUGAUGAAACACUCACCAGUCACCAAAGUCGCAUUCAGUGUUUUUAUUUAUGUAGAAUCGUCUUCUUAAAUUUUACAAAAUGUAUUGUGUCAGACUUUGUCUUUGAACGACAGUAUUUUUCAAAGAUACUUGAAAUAAUUAAGUGGCUGUGAUUAAAAGCUGAAUUGCAUUAAUUUCUUCUAACUGGAAUUUAUAUUAUGACUUGUAAACAGAAAAAAAGUCACUCGUCUUGAUCAAAGCAUAUUUAUAAGGAACUUAUAAAACUACAUGUGAAAUUUAUCAACAGGAUUGAGAUAUUGAUGAAAUCUACUCACUUUCCAAACAAGAAUCUACCAAUCUUUUACCAAUACAAGUUAUCCUUCAAGAAUCAAACAGUCGAUUGCCAGAAAAAAAAAGAAAAAAAGAAUCAAAGUGUCAGACCAGUGUUAUGACAAGAUUAAGAAACUUAAGCAGGACUGCAGGAGUAUUCGAUAGUUUCAUGUUUUCCCCCUAAACGUAUAAGAGGACUUUUAUCAGCAAUUUUUUUGCCGACAAUUGAUGACUAAGUAUUUUUGACAUUAUCUAACUAUAAAUUAUAAUAAAGACUUUUAGUCAAAAAAAAAUUAUAAUAAAGACUAUUAAAUCAGGAAAAAAUGAAAGUGAGAGAAGGAUAGAAGCAAAAAAAAAAAAAAAAAAAAAAAUGAUAGAAGCAAACGGCGUAACGGGCAAUUGUGAUAGUGGAGAAUAGGCCCCGUAACUUAUUAUUUCGUUAGUUGUUUUAUUUCAUUUUGUAUUAAAUUGCGAAGAAUAGUCACGUUAGUUUGUACGGUAUGACACGUAAGGGAGAGAAAAGAAGUUGAAGUGGGUAGGUUACCCUGUACGACAGCACCGUACGGAUAUGUUUUCAUUUGUUUAUGUAAUCCAAAUUUAAUUCACCCAUAACUCCUUUCACAUGACUCCAUUUCCCCUCUUUAUUACUACUAGUAUUUACUUCUACCAACCAAUUGAUUCAGUGUUUUUACAACUAUUUGAUUAGUAGUUAAGUGAUACUAUUUGAUUAGUAGUAAAGUGAUACUAAAUGGAUUAGUUAAUAAUGGUAAAUUAUAAAUUCUGAAAAAAUUAUAUGCAAAUGAACAAAUAUCCGAUCACAUGCAACAGUUGUAAAUUGCAGCGAUUAGUAAACGGAUAAGGCUGUAAAACCAGUGUUAGCAACAUCAACUAAUUAACUUAGUUUAUUACAUUCGGAGAGAGCUAUAAGUAUAUGAAUAUCGAAGCGGUGACAUACUCAUCAAUGAUGCAAUAACGCGUUCCGCGUUACAGCUAACAAAUCAGAGUGAAGUUUCAAGCUGUUGACGUGUGUGACUGUCUCAAUUAUUGAAGGUAAUGCCUACUUAGUCGUUAUAACCUUUGCAGUUGGAGGAAUAUUCUCUCGUCUGUAUCUUUGCAUAAACUAAUAAGUUUGCUUAUCUGUCUAACUAUUUCUUAAUCACAUCCCUUUUCUUUCUCUUUUAUAUCAAAAAUACACAUAUAUGUGAACAUCAGAUGCUUGUUUCUAUGCAUAUCUUAAAUACUUUUGAUGUCUAUCUGUUAUGUUUGAUUAUUUUAUCCAUUUUCAUAAAAUAAUACUACCUAAUUUGUCAACAAAAAUAUCAACGAGCAACUACCAUCAGAAACAGUCAGUUUAUAUAACAAUGCCUAGCUUUGAGUUUUCUAUUGGGUAAGGAUGACUACAAUAGAUAAUGUACUAAGUACUGCAUGAUUCAAGCCGUCUUCUCGACUGGAUAUAUAUCAGUUUAAUUAUAUUAUCUGAUUGGGAAAAGGCCCUCUAAAUCUAAACUUUAGUCAGUGAUCAUAUUGAAAAUUGCACUAUGCGUGAGGUUUGAGCAUUUCCAAAUCUUCAAGAAGUUAAAAUACAUAUUAAGAAAUAUAGGAGUUCCACGGAAAUUGAAGAAAGAGUUGUAAAGGAAUCAACUACUCGAAAACUUGUUACAAUCUAAGAUAGCCAUCAAGUCUAAAUUCUAGUUGUGGUAAAACUGAAAACUUGGGAAUUCGAAAUUUCUAAAUUAGACGAAGCAUACCAAAGAUGCAUGUCGGUAUAUAAUUAAUUUUUUUUAACUAUAAGUAGUAGGAGACUACUUCAGUUUGAUUAUUCCAUAUCAUAUGUGGCAUAGUUAAUAUAUAAGUUAGGAGGGGGUUUAAAGUUGCAACCCCCAAGUUGUGUAAGGGGACACACACUUUUGAUAACCAGUGAAAGUUAGGUGACAUCACAUCCUUGCCUUUAAAGUUCUAUUCUUUACAGAAUGAUCCUAUACAGCGCUGCUUUACUUUUCUCCCUCUCUCUAACAUACACACACAUGGUGAUGGUCUUCAUGAUAUCCAUGCACGGCAUUACUAUGACGCUCUAAUCUAUUUUCAAAAUAAUAGAAUAUAUAUGGCAAAUAGAUAUAUGUGGAAGUCACAAAACAGCAUUGCAUAUAAGGUUUAGAAAAUAUUAGUUAGUCUCAUCAUGAACCUAUAAUUAAUUUGUCAUAGUUAAUUGUUAUAAGAGUUGCUUAGUGGGAUGCUUCUUCUAGAGGGUUACAUGUUAUCUAUUAUCAACAUUAACUCGUGUCGUCUACUGCCAAACAUGACUGAUCACUUCUCUAUAGCUUGGUUCAGUCAAGACGUUACUCUCUGCAUAAGUCAUCACAAUUAUGUGCAAGAGUGGCUUGUGUUUACACUAUGAAAGUGAUAUAGAUUUAUGUUUACACCAUGAAAACGCAAUUUGUUAGUUUUUUAUAACUUACGAUCUUAUAAUUUAGUCUACAUGUGCAAUUAAUUAAUUAGAUUUUGAAGAAAAAAUAUAUUACAUAGUGGAAACUUACAAGUAACUAAGUUUUGUUUUAGUUCAAAAUGAUGAUUACAUGACGGUCUGAAUAUGAUCAGAAGAAAACAAAACAAACCUGUGAAGUCUUUGGGGGUGAGUAUAUGGACCUAUUUGUAUAAUUUGACUUUCGAAAAUUCAUAUUUUACACAAAUGAUUCAUACUUUCACACUUAGUCCAAAAUCUAGAAGCAUUUGGCAUUGUUAGGGGGUCAACUCAAUUUGUUUUAUAAAUUUUUACAUUCAAAAUAAUUUGAUAUAUUGAAAACAAGGCGAUGUAUAUCCCUUGCCCUUUAUCAUGUAUAUUCUGAAUAGGAUAAGCGAAUAAACUUGUUAGCUACAUAAUUUAGGAGUCCAUGGAAAUAAAUAUAAAUACUAGCAUCUAAAGAAAACUUUGUUGUUAUUAUUGUGUGUAUCUAAAGCAAUAGAUAUUGAACCAGUAACAAUCUUAUUGCAUUUUCUUUGUAGAAACUACUGAACCAGUAAUUUUGUUAAUAUCUUUUUGAUAAAAGAUAAUUUUUUUGAUUUGAUUUUUGAAACCAACAGCUUCGUUUCUUUUUUUUCUUUUUCUUUUGGCUGUAAACACUAAUAUUUCCACAGCAAAAUAACAGUGCUUUAGAAACUUAUUAAUAAGUCUGUGAGUUUUAUAACAUACAAAAUCACAGCAAAAAUCUUACAGUUACAGCAAAAAAAUACACGGCAUAAAUUCUAUAGCAAAAAACUAAAAUCACAGCUGCAACCAAAGCACUAACCAAUCAACCUCAUACUCUGAUCAUGAAUCUCGUUUUGUCAUAUGACUCAAGAUAUAUAUUAUAUACUAAAAAGACAUGUAUUCCUAUAAUUGAUAGGAUAACCAGGCUAAGCUAAUCCGUAUAUCUUAAUCCUACUAUCCAUGAUACAUAUUAAUUUAACUUAAUUUUUAUUCUGUAUUGUCUUGAUAUACCCGGUUUAGAAUAAUGCAAGUUUGUUAUUAUAAAACGAAUAACAUAUGCUAGAUCAACAAUUAAAAAUAUCAUAGACAGAAAGAAAAUAGUCCUUUAAAAAUAUAAUAAAUAUUUUUAAAAAAAUAUAAUACAUAGUUAUAUGAUACAACUUAUAUCACAUAUUAUAAUGAGAAAAGAUAUAUCACUUCUUUCCCCAUUUUUUCAGGAAUUUGGAUUUUUUCUAUUUUAAAUUCAGUUGUAUCAAGAAAUUCAAGCAGUUUAUCUAUACAGAACAAGAAUAUCAAGAGAGUUUUGUUUAGUUUAGUUUAAAAUCAAUAUAUAGUUCCAGCUUAGAUUGAAGUUUAGUGAAUAUUGGCCUCUUGUAUCAUCAAUCACUUACCAGUAAUAAAAUUAGUUGCAUUUUCUAAUAACAACUUAACCAGUAAUUUCGUUACUUUGGUGAUAAAUGAUAAUUUUGUUGAUGUCACAACAUCGGAAAGAUAUAUUUUGAGAUGAUCAUGAACCUAGAUUGUCAUAUGACUCAAGAUACAGUUUAUACUUAAAAAAAGUCAUGUAAUCUCUUAAUAAUUGAUUGAAUAACCAACCUGAGCUAAUUGGUAUCCUAAUCCUACCAUUCAUAAUACAUAAUAAUCAAACUUUAUUUUUAUUCUGUAUUAUUUAGAUACAUCCAGUUUAGGAUAAUGUAAGAUUGUUAGUAAUCCAAAAGGAUAAGAAAUAUCAGAAAAAUCUAAAGAAAUCACAGGCAGAGGUAAAUAAAUCGUUAUAAUAUACACAAAUAUAGUUAUAUCAAAUAGUUUCCCAAUUUUGUUUAGGAAUUAGAUUUGCGUAUUUUAAAUUCAGUUAUAAUCUAUAUCGUCUUGUUUGUGAAAUCCAAACAGUUUAGGUACAUUAAACAAGAAUAUCAAGAAAUAAGAUUUAAUUUUUUCCAUUUUGUUUAACCUGAAGAUUAUUUUUAAUCUAGGCAAUUUAUAUAUAUAUUUUGUUAUAAAUUCGGCAUAUAUUAUUUUAACCCUAAGUCGAUAUUUACGAGUCAAGUGGUACCUGGCAAGUACUCCUUCCCCGUACCUACUUUAUAUUUAAGCCAAAAUUCCAAAACUACCCUCGCCUCUAUAUAAAAGACUCUCCCUUGCAACAAAAUCUUCUCAUUGAUUCCUUCUUCAAGCCUCAAUCACUUUCAUCACUCUUCUCUCUCUCUCAAAUCAACAGCACGAAGAGAUGAAGCACCUGAUCCGCCGCCUCUCCCGCGUCGCCGACUCCGCAAACUACAGCCUCCUCCGCUCCGAUUCGCAGCGACCUAGCCGCCGUCCACCGCCGCCUCGCCGCUCGAAGAAGCACACAUCCUCCGUUCCCGAGGGACACGUGCCUGUCUACGUGGGAGACGAGAUGGAGCGGUUCGUCGUGAGCGCGGAGCUGCUCAACCACCCGGUUUUCAUCGGUUUGUUGAACCGAUCGGCUCAAGAGUACGGUUACGAACAGAAAGGAGUUCUGCAGAUCCCCUGCCACGUGUUGGUAUUCGAGCGAAUCAUGGAGUCGCUUCGGCUCGGAUUAGCGGUGCCGAGCGACCUACAAGAUCUAAUCGGCGACGAGACGAUUUGACACGCGAGGGAAUCUUUGGUAGUUAGAGAGAUAUGGAUCUGGUUCUUUUUUUUUGGCUCAGAUGCAGUACGACGUCGUGUUGAUGGUGUACAUAGCUAUAUGUAUUUUUUUUUUUCUGGAUGAUGAUGAUGAAAAGUUCAAAUGGGAAGGGGAAAGAUUAGCGAUAUUUUUAGGGCUUUUCUUUUUGAAUUUUUUUUUUCUUUUUAUAAAAUUUGUUUGUUGCAAAUUUCCUGUUUUUCGCCGGUUUAAGAACCGGUUUGAGACUCUUGUGAAGGUUUAUAUGGAAAUUGCUUCGGUUUGGUUUAUGUAAUUUAAGCGUGAUUUUGUGGGUUUA